AUGGUUUCCUUAAAGGCAAAUCUGUUAUCACCAAUGUACUGGAGUCACUCAAUGAUUGGACAAGCGCAUUGGACAACAAAAAGUCCGUUGAUGUCAGUCACAAUGAGCUGUUGCACAAAUUCAAAAAACUUGGACUUCAUCAAUGUGUUCAGCUGGAUUAAAGAGUUCCUCAGUGAAACAACCUACCAAAAACGUAUAAGCACUUCUAACUCUGAUGUAUUUCGCCUUCACAGUGGAAUUCCUCAAGGCGGGGUUCUUUCUCCUAUAUUCUUUGAUAUUUACUCCGCUGAUUUGGCCUAUAUCGGUUAUAAUGACGAAGUUACUGCCAAACAAUAUGCCGACGACCUCAAAUCCUACAAAGUAAUCAAUUCUCCACAAGACUCAGUCUCAUUACAGAAUUCUAUCAAUAGUCUUGUUCAGUGGUCUGAAGAUUGGCAGAUCCCCCUCUCCUCUACCAAAACUUUUCACACGCGUAUAGGUGCUUCUUCUGCCAUCUCUUCUUCAUAUUUUAUAAAUGGCCAGGAGAUUUGUAAAGUUGAAAAGGUUAUUUAUAUAACAACAAACUUGAUUUCUGUGAUCACUACAAGGAAAUUCCCAAAAAAAGCAUUUUGUCGUACAUACCAAAGUGUCAAGGCCCUUACAACAAACGAUAGUAAGGACCUUAUUCGAGUAUGCAAGACUUAUGUACGGCCGUUGGUAGAGAAUGGAACAGUUGUUUUUUGCCCUCAUAAGAAGAAAGAUAUGGCUCUCAUUGAGAAGGUCCAAAAUAACUCACCAGAAAGGUACUUUUGCGGCGUGGUGGCUUUUGUAUGCUAG